AUUCACUACACAUAUAUCAACAGCUCAUCUCCUCGCGUCGCAGAAUACUUCAACGUCAAUUAACUCAAUUGAAUCCAGACAGUACCAAACAUGGCUCCUGCUUUGGAAUCCAGCAAGAUUGCCUUCAUCGGCGGCGGCAACAUGGCCGCAGCGAUCAUCGGAGGCCUGGUCGCAAAGGGUAUCGACAAGCAGAACGUCACCGUCUCUGAGCCGUGGGAUGUGAACCGUGAGAAGAUGGCCGCCCUCGGAGUCAAGACCACCACCUCCAACGCCGAGGCCUUCGUCGGCGCCGACAUUGCCAUCCUGGCCGUCAAGCCCCAGGUCGCAAAGGGCGUUUGCAACGAGCUCGGCAAGGCCAUCUCGGGGCAGGAGAAGGUGCCUGUCGUCGUCUCCAUCGCCGCUGGCAUCACCCUCGAGGCCCUGCAGAAGUGGCUGGCGCUUGACGACGGCCGGUCCCCGCACGUCGUGCGCGUCAUGCCCAACACCCCUGCCCUGGUGGGCGAGGGUGCGUCUGGUCUGUUCGCGGGUAGCGAUGUGACGGACGACGAGAAGAAGCUGACCGAGGCCCUCAUGGCGAGCGUCAGCAAGGCCACGGAGUGGGUUGACAAGGAGGAGCUGAUUGACGUUGUCACAGGCUUGUCAGGAUCUGGCCCUGCCUACUUCUUCGCCAUGGUCGAGCACCUCAUUUCCAGCGCCGUUGGCCUUGGCCUCUCCCCUGAGCAGGCGAAGCGCUUGGCUACCCAGACCUGCCUCGGUGCAGGCAAGAUGCUCGUCGAGUCCCCCGAGGAGCCCAGCCAGCUUCGCAAGAACGUCACCAGCCCCAACGGCACCACACAUGCUGCCCUUCAGAGCUUCGAGGCAUCUGGCUUCCAGGAGAUUGUCAACAAGGCUGUCAAGGCUGCGGCGGAUCGCGGCGAGGAGCUCGGAAAGACUCUGGGCAACCAGUAAGGCAGUUGGACCAAUGGGGAAUCUGUCCUUUUUUCAGGGCAUUGAGACAUUUUAGGGAGGGUCCCAAAAAACAAGGUGCGCCAGGCAUUGCUAUAGAUAUUAAAAUGGGAGGCUCGGAAUAUGGCAAGGUUGAUGCACGAAUGGACGAGAUGAUAAUGAUCAAUAUUAGCUCAACAUGCAAUCCAAUAAAUCCGGUGGUUCAUAAAUCCUGCAAAUGAGCAAUGUUUAGCUGUACCAAU